AUGAAAAGAAAACGUUUAUCUAGCGUUAUACAAAAUGAAUCAUCUUCCAGAAUAAUGAUGAACAAUCGUUUUGUAAACAGAAAUUCUUUGGAAUUGGAAAAUGUUAAAAGAAAUUCAAUAUUUGAUUAUGAAGAUUCACCGUCACUCACAUUAGAGCAAGCUGUAAAGAAAAUAGUUCCAUUCGUCCCAAAUGUCAUGGAAAGUGUUUCAAUAGCCAAAGAGAAAUGUAAUCGUAGUCCAUCGUCACUAACAAGUGAUGAAUCAGCAUCAAUAUACAUUUAUUCAAUGUCGUCAUCGUCAUUUUGUUUUCGUUUGAACGCUGCUCUUCGAAAUGAAGAACGAAAUGCACUACAACCAUGGCUUGCUUACUUGAAAAUUUUCAUAAAUGCUCUGGAAAGAUUACCAUCAGAGCGCUGUGUAGUUUGGCGAGGGAUUAAUUGUGAUGCGAGUUUGACAUUUGUCGACAAUGAUUCACAUUCUUGGUGGAGUGUAAUCUCCUGUUCGAGAAAUAUCGAAGUUGUAAAACCAUUUGUUGGUGACAAAGGUACUUUGUUUGCUAUUGAAGCAAUCAAUGGUAAAGAUAUCUCUGAAUUUUCCGCAAAUAAGGAUGAACAAGAAAUUAUUCUUAUGCCUGGCACUUGUUUACGUCGUAAAGCAGAACCAUUCAAUCAUCAAGAUGGUCUUUUUAUUCUUCAUUUGAUAGAAAUUCUUCGACAAAAUGAAUUGUAUGAACAAGUUAAAGACGAAUAUCGAGAAAAUAGUCGGAUCGAANAAAUCUUGCUUUGA